UCAUGUCAUAAGCCAAGCAAAUUUGUACCUACAGUAGUAGUUAUUUUUAACAUGUAAACAAAACUUUCUAGCCACGCUUAGAUGAGAAAUGGCUAGUCAGUUCUUUAAUGCAGCCAGAGUGGGCGACAAGAAAGCUUUGAAGAGAUUCAUCAAGCAAAGCCAAGGGUUUGACAUAAACUCUCAUUACAGCAGAAACAAGGACACUGCUCUGAUAAUAGCUGCCAGAGAGGGUCACAAAGAUGUCAUGAAGGAGCUGAUAGCAUCUGGAGCAGAAAUUGACAGAUGCAAUUGCAUUGGACGCACUGCAUUGAUGGUUGCUAGUCACAAGGGCAAAGCCAAUGCUGUUAAAUUACUGCUAUCGAGUGGUGCAAAGCUUGGCCUAUGUGACCAGAAGAGGGAUACAGCGCUAAUUCUUGCAGUGAGAGAAGGUCGGUUGACAGUGAUAAAGGAGAUUCUAGCAGCAAAGUCCAAAGUCGAUGUGAACCAAAUCAAUAGUGAAGGACAGACUGCUCUGAUGGUGGCAAGCACAACCGGUCGAAAAGACAUUGUUCAAAAGUUACUGUCACAUGGAGCAACUGUGAAUAUGCAAGACAAUGGUGGAAAUACAGCUCUCAUCAUAGCUUCUGUAGCUGGAUACCCAAUGGCUGUGGCAGAUCUGAUCAGUUCAGGUGCUCUUGUUGAUCAGGCAAACUAUAAAGGGAACACUGCAUUGAUAAUAGCCGCCAGAAAUGGAUCAGUAGCAAUUGUACUGACACUCCUAUCAUCUUCUGCGUCAGUGGAUAAUGUGAAUCAUCUUGGACUUUCUGCACUAAUGGAAGCUGCUAUCAUUGGUAAUGUGGAGGUAAUCAGAGAAUUAGUCUCGUGGGGAGCGAGUCUGGAGCUCGUGGACAAGGAGGGGAACAGUGCCUUGUUAAUUGCAUCUGUCCAGGGCCAUAUCGUUGUUGCCAGAUUCCUGUUGUCUAUUGGAGCUAAUCUUGACCACACAAAUAAUGAAGGAUACACGGCUCACUCUUUGGCACUGAGAGUUGGCCAUACUCUUCUAGCGUGGGAGCUCAUGAAAGCGUGUGAAAAUCGUCCAAGUAAUGCCUCUCCAGUUUCAGUGCCACCGCCUCCAAAAGUCAGCAAUAACUAUCCAUUGAUGAAGAGUUCCUCAUAUCCUCGUGUGACUUUUUAUGAUGAAGCUCUGAAGACAGACUUCACUUCUGAAGGUGGUCAUACUGAUUUUACUAAUGGUAUUGAGGUUACUGUCCCUCCAAACACUGUGGCACCUGGAGCUACUGUGAGUGUCAAAGUGAGGCCCAGCUUUGCACAGAAUGAUGUGUUUAAAUUACCUCGCGGAAUGCAAUCAGCCAGUCCGUCUUAUCUUGUCGAAACUAAUCAUUCUGGUGAAGUGGCUCUGAUAAUGGACCAUCAUGCGAGUGUGAAGACACAAGAAGAAGCUGAUAGUCUUUGCUUCCUCAAGGCACUUUCAGCACCAGACAUGAUGGGGAAGUAUUGUUUUGAGGAAGUACAUCGAGAGUCAAAGUCAGAGUUCACUGCAGGAGGCAACGAAGGACGACUCACUACUAACGCUUCGUCUGGUUUCUUCAAGAUAGGGCGGAAACUGAAAAGAUUUUUUAGCAAACCAACUCCUUCGAUCUCUAAUCCAUCAUCCCCAGUUAGCCCCCACCCCCCAACUGCUAACAAGUACUCUGUCAGGAUUUACCGCUCUCCCGCCCUCUCUCUCUACGACAGAAUGGUAUUGGUUGUUGUCAGUCUCUACGGCAGGCUCUAUACAAAGUUUCUUGAGCACUUUGACCGGGAGGUGAUACCCCACCAGUAUCCUCAGGUAUCCCCCCACCCCAUAGACCAUACAGUGUGGGACUCCCUGUGUCUAAAGGAGCAGUGUGUCAGACUGGAGGUGGGCGAGAUACCAGGGUGGGAGGUCAACACCGACAAGGAAACGAUCGCAAAGCGUGAAGUAGACAUCCCUGACACUGACAAUUUCAGACCAGAAGAACUGCACAACUACCCACCCAAAAUUGUUUGCUCGUUUUACCCAGCCAUACCACCCAUAAAGAGUUCUCGAUGCUCGAUGUCUUGUUUUGGCUUUGAUGUUGAGGUGAAAGUCAACAUCACACUGCAUCCACCUAUUAAACACGUUGACCCCUCCUCUCUGCAGGAUACCACCAGUCAACUCAGAAGGAUUGCCUGUCAGGUUCAUAGUAAACAGCUGGGUGUGUCAGUACACACAUUUGCUUCUCUUAUGGAGUCGUUGACCAGUGCCAUAAGCACGUCAUUCUCACUAGAAGUUCUCAGUCGUCAUACAGAGGCCAUCAACAGAGAAGUGCAGGAGGUGCUGAGAGUGUCCCAGGAGAUGGUUGCUAGGUGCAGUAUUGAGACCAUACGAUGCAAUAUGGAGGACAGUCUGGCCAAAAUGGAUGCUUUGUCUCACCAACUCUGUCAGGUGGCUAAAGCUAAACUCAAACACUGUCAAAAUCAAUAUGAGCAGUCUCGUGCUUUGGAGGACCUGAUUGAAAGUGGAACCACAUUAAUGAAAGAGUUCAUUGGUCUCCUUAUAAGCAUCCAUGCCCUCAAUGAAGUUCAAAGUCCAAUAAAACCGACGCAGUGUCCUAGUGUGAACGGGAUAGCAAAGACGGUGGGAGUUCAUCCUAACCAGCUGAACCAACCCUGUUCCAGUGCUCAUCUCAUUGACAUCUCACGGCUGAUUCCCGAUUGGUUAAGCUUCUCUAUUGCACUGGGACUCACUGAGCAAGAGAGAAACAGCAUCAAGACUAAUGUUGAAUUAAUGAACUAUGGAAUGAAAGCUUAUAAAAUGUUGGAAGUGUGGCUAAAUAAGGAAGCUUACAGUGCUUGUGGUAGUUACAGGAGACUUGCUGAAGCAGCUUUAGGACAGACCACACCUGACAUCAAACUAGCAGCUGAUAUAUGCAAACUUGCCCCUACCAUACUCAAUCAAGUUCCCAUUUCGUCACUUUAAGUAUUACAGUGGCAUCAUUGUGACAGUGACAUUGCCUAUUUUUUGUUAGUUUUUCAAAUAAUUGAAGUUAGGCCAUAAUGUUGUGUAUUAUUUAUCUUUUUAUCUCAAAACAAUUACAGCCCAUAAUUAUUGACAUCACCCAGUAACAAGCUAAUAACAUGGUCACAUGAAUCUUUUUAUCAUCCUCUAUAAUUAUCUUGUUUAAUGAUACCUUAA